CUUUCAACGUCACGCCGUCCAGUUUUUGUUGUUGUUUUUUGAUGAAUUUGGACCGAAAUUCAGUUUGUUCGACUUUAAAAAUGGUUUUUGUGAAAAACUGGGAGGAUUUUGAGAUUGCCGCAGAGAAUAUGUAUAUGGCGAAUCCCCAAAACUGCCGAUACACAAUGAAAUACGUGCACUCCAAGGGCCACAUAUUGUUAAAAAUGACGGACAACGUAAAGUGUGUGCAGUACAAAGCGGAAAAUAUGCCGGACCUCAAGAAAAUCGAAAAGAUUACCAGUAAUUUGGUGGGACACAUGGCCUCCAAGGAAUAAAACCCCGUGGAACACGAACAACACUUUGGCCACGGCGACACUUCUGCCCACAAACAACAACAACAAACCACACAUGUAAAUCAGCCACAAUUGUUGUUGUUUUAUUAGGGCAGGUGUGUGCGUGUGUGUGUGCCAUUAACACCCGCAAAUGAAUUUAGUUUUUAAGCGCCAUAAAACCGCCUAGUUUUAAAUUCGAAUGUGGCGAUCAGAGUAGCUGCUAUUAGCCUGCUUUUAAACGACAUUUUAUAAAUGUCGGCUCUGUACACGUUGCGAAUUGGCUGCGGGUGGAUCGUCGGGAGAUCGAAAUUCCAACCUGCAGAAGGCGGUGGCGCAAAAUAGUUUUUGAAAAGUUAAACAUACGAUUUUGUAUUUAUUGUAAAAGUCAAUGGGUCGUACACAUUUCCAUGAAAUGAUUGAAAUAAACCAAGGGAGUACUGCAGAACACAAUGAAACGAAGAAA